CCUUCAUUUUCUCUCUCUUUUUUCCCCCCGUUGUCUGUCCUUGGAAAACAAAAUGAAUAGUCGAUACCGCGAAAGAAAGUAUAACUCUACAAAUAACGAUCGACUUUUACGUGCUCUCUCACAACCUGUACAAGCAUGGGAAAAGAAAUGGGCACCACUAUCACGCGCGAAGAAUAUCAACACUUAUAAAUGGGUCAAAUCGGACAAGCCGAUCGUGUUUGAAGAUGAGGAAGAAUCCGAAGACGAAAAAGAUCAGGAUAAGGAAAUGACAGAAGUUGUCAAGGAACCUGAACAACCAGAAACUACAGCACAAAACGUGCCUACCACCACCGCGGAUAAUAACGCUGCCAGUGCCGAUGCUACAGUUGCAACGGCUACAGCGACGACUACAUCUUCGACAGCCACACCGAUGGUUACGGACGAGAAUGAGCAGCAAGUACAAGGGGCAUCGAGCGCGUUGCCACCAUCACUGCCUGCUUUGGGUCCUGCUAAAGCUGUAGAAGAAGAGGAGAGAACACAUACGCCUAAACUAGACGAUGUCUCUGAUACGGAGUCGGAUCAACAGCGUAUGGAAAGAGAUGAUAUGGACGAUCCAGCGACGCAUCCUGCAUCCAACCCACACGUUCAUCCACGUAUUGCUGAAGAGGAAGCUGGUACUGCACCUGUAGGCGUUGUGCCUGAGGCUGUGGCUAAAGCCGUUUCUUCUUCUUCUCCCUCUUCUCCUGCUACUUCUGCUGCUGCCGUCGUUCCAGAGCCUGAGCAGUCGAUGUCGACGCCAAUGGAAGAUGUCACACCAGUGCAACCACUGUCGGUCGCAGAACAAGCGCGGCAGGAGCAGACAGUUUUAACAGAGCAGCUAGUUACGGAACAAACAGCCGUACAGCCAUUGCCACAACAAGAGGAAGAAGCACAACGCGUUGAGCAGCCGCCAUCUUCAUCGUCAGUACCAUCACCACCAUUAGCAACGUCACCAUCAUCAUCAACACCACCACCAUCAACACAAAUCCAAGAACAAACACAGGAGGAAGCUGAGAAGCCACGCUCUCCUCCACAACAACAACAACAACAACAGCCAGUGGUGCAGGAACAGCAGGUGCAACCUGAACAACCAUCCUUACCGCCAAAGCCGCCAGUGGAGGAGGAACAGAAGACUGAACAGCCCAAGCAAUCCGAACAACCUCAGCAAUCUCAAGCGCCUGAGCCGUCUACCCAAGCGGAACAGACACCGGAACCAAUGCAGACGACAGAGUCGUCAAAGGCAGAGCCGCCCCAGAUACAGGAGCCACAGUCUGCUGAAACAGACAAUACAGACACUACUACUACUACUACUACUACCAUCACCACCGCCGACAUCACCGACACAAAAACAUCCACUACUGAUAUGGAGACUGACGUUGCCGCGGAUAAAUAACUUAAAAAACAAAAAUACUAUAUAAAGCGAGUGUCGUUGUGAUAUUUUUUCUGUCAAUCUUUCUCCUCAUCUUGUUUCUUUCUCACUUUCGUUUUUCUCUUAUUGGGUUAUGGACGUGUUCAAUAAAAAGGCCAUAAGACUGCUGAUGCAAUGGUACAACGAGAUGUGUCGACGCUAUCCACCGUGUCGAUAUGGUGUGUAUAUUUUAUCGAGCCUUGUUAUUCUUCCAUUUGUCACCUUUGUUUCAGCACUAGCGUCAUCACUUGCCGCAUUCGUCAUGAUUGCUACAGCUGUAGUGGGAUUCUGUCAGCUUGGUGCUUUGUUGGUGUUUUGUAUCCUGCUGUUCCCGAUCCUCCUUGUCGCGGUAAUCGCAGCGGGUCUCACUGUCGUCGCGAUAGCUUGUAUUUGGACUCUUUUC